AUGCCCCUCAUCUUGUCAACAUUUCUUGCGGUUGCGGCUGGCAGGGUUUUGGCUUACCGGACCGUGGAUAUUACGAAGACACUGCAGCUGGAGGAAUUAAUCGCCCGGGAGGAGUUGGAGUACGCUAUUGAGGAGGAAGUGGCAAGACAGACAAUCGCCACCUGGAUUGAGCGGUGCAUAUUCCGAAAACGACAGGUUCGCGCCCCUUCUUUGCUAGUCUGA